GACGAAAGAAGCCCAUUGAUGCUGUUGUUUCAAGGAGAAUUAUUUGAUAUUGACCACCAUGGCUGGUUAAAGAUCUGACGUUAUAAAUUUCUGGUUUAAUUUUCAAUAAACAAAUCAACGACUCUGCCGACAUGCGCUUCAUCCAAUGUGUCCAGGUAAGUUCUAAAUUUUAAAUUUUUAUUUUUGUUCAAUACUCCCAGUCACAUUUUCUUUGUUGUUGUUCCGUAAUCUCAAAACUUUAUUGCUAGAAAAGGGUAAGUUCAGGUGAAGUGCGCAUUCGAUCUGUGUAGUGCCUAAUUGCUAAACAACCUCCGUCAGUUUGAUUUUCUCUAGGAGGCUAGAAAAAUUCCAUCCCCUAACCCACAUUCAUAUAAAAGAUCUUCCUCUAAAUUUCUCAGAGAAAAUGAAAUCAGACCUUUAAGAGGAAUAAAUGUCAGUCAAUUUGGCAAGUAAGUUCACAAAAUUCCAUGGCAACAAUACUUCUCUUUAGUGCACGCUGUGACGUCAGUAAACUAAAACCAAAUAGGAAGCUUAUUUAUUUGGCGUUAAUUUUGCCGAAAUUCUAUGGUAAGCUUCGAUAAACUUCCAUCGGGCCCAAUUUUUGUGGUCAUCCCUUGAAAAAUUUUACCGAAACUCAUAGAGAUCACCUUAACCCGACAGGCAGUCUUCUCCAUGAUAUCAGUUACUCGUUUACAAUUUAAUAACUGUUGGUAACAUGACAACUCCACUCCAUAUAAAACCGAAACGUGGUUUUAGAAUUAAGUCUCCCUUUCUUUAUUCUCAUCUUCUUAGACCUAUUUCAUUACUUUUUUGCAGCCUGUAUGCAUCGCGAUACUCUCUUUAGCGCAAUACAAAUCUUUCACAGGUCAGUAAAAUAGUUUACGCACCUACGCGAACAAAUAUAAUCCUUGUAAAAAAAAUUAUAUAGUGACAAAUAAUUUUAAGAAAUUUUAAGUAAUCAGUGAAAGGAAUGACCUAGGAGUCGCGGCGGAGGCGCUUGCCUUUAUAACACGCCAGAAAACGUCCAUUUUGAGACGAAAAUUAACUCAAAGUUAUGUUUUCUUAAAUGUAAUAAAGAGCUUGCAGGAGUUAGCUACUCUGGGUAGAUCCGUAGGAUUGCAGCCCUAUAUAAUCAAAAUAUGAUCCACGAUCUGUGCAGUUGUUGCCGAAAUCCCUUGCGAAAGUCGAAAAACAGUGCACUAUUCCCAAAGUCGAACAGAAAAAUGGUCAAAUGGACCAUGCUAAUACGGGUAAAUGUGGUAUAUGCUGAUUCAGGCGCACUCUAAAAUUGUCGUGGGUCUACUUUCAAUAAAAAUCCAAAACUGAUAAUCUGAUCAACACUUGAUAACUGACACAUUGUUGAUCACUGAUCAACAAUUUAUCAAAGUCGUCUUUCACUCAGCUCGUGUCUACGACUUUGAAAAAUAGUAGUAUGUGUGUGGAGGGAGAAUCUCUUGGUUAGGAAUAUUGGACGAAGUCGAGAAAUUUCUUUACUACGGAGAUAACGCGGUUCCUUCCCGAAUUGAUGCAGGCGAUCUAUUGAAUAUGCGCUUAUUUAGAUAAUGACUCAAGCUGUUAAGAAACGUGAUAAACUAUCAGGCCCUACGGUCAUCUAAGAUGGAUUCAGCGACGACAAGGUUAGCGAAAGCAAAAAACUCACCUCUGUUUCUGAUCUAGCGAUGGAUAGUAUGCGUUUUUUGUCCAGUUUUUCAUAAAUAGCCUCAUAGAUUGGUUUCUAGCCGUUCUUGUCAGUAUUCGUAUACAGGGCAAUUAAUAUAAUUAAAUUGGUGAAACUACUAAUUCUUUUCCAGUGAAGAAGUUUUUAGCUUGAGAAAACGGCUGACGUUUGGCGGCGCUACCGCUGGUUUCCUCGCCAAAUGACGUCUGAGAAACGAGCCCAGGAAUUCCAUACUGAUGACGCGUCACUACCAAGAUCUGGGCAGUACUUCUGAUUGGUCGUUCCGCGAGGGAAAUUUGAUUCAACCAAUCAGAAGCACUACCCAGAUCUGGGUAGUGACGCGUCCUCAGUAUGGAAUUUCUGCGGUCGUUUCUCAUACGUCACUUGGCGGGGAAACCAGUGGUAGCGUCGCCAAAUAUCGGCUGUUUUCUCAGGCUGACAAGACGUUUUACAUACGUUUGACUGAGGUUGUCUCAGAAGCGAUAAGAAUAGAGUCAAUAGAGCAGUCUAUCGGGAUUGUCAUGCGAAUGAGCAAAUAGAACGAAGCAAAGCCGAGGGGAAACUGGGGCCUUUUGUUCUUUCAGUCCUGCCGAGCCUCGCUGAGCCUCGACUCAACUGCGUAAAAAGGGACACUAUACGAAAUGCCAGAUUUGCCAGAAGAAAAGGUUUAGUUGAUCUGAUCUCUUUUUUCUUACAGAAGCGCUGCCGGUAGGGCGACCAGUCUACUCAAACCACUAUGUUGAAAUAACACUGGAAACGAAAUCGCAAUCUCCCGUUAAGGUGAAGAACGACCUUGAAAGCAACCCAAGCGUGUCUAUCGGAAAUGGAGUUGAAAGCGGCAGCGGAAAUCAAAGAGGAGAUGGAAUAGGCAGUGGAAAUGGCAAUGAAAGCGAAAGUGGGGCUGGCAGUGGAAGCGGUUUAAGUAGUGGAGAAGGAAGUGGAAAUGUCAAUGAAGCCGAAAGUGGCACUGGGAGCGGAAGCGGUUUAAGCGGUGGAGAAGGAAGUGGAAAUAUCAAUGAAAGCGGAAGCGACACUGGGAGCGGAAGCGACACUGGGAGCGGAAGCGGUUUGAGUAGUGGAGAAGGAAGUGGAAAUGUUAACGAAAGCGAAAGUGGGACUGGGAGCGGAAGCGGUUUAAGUAGUGGAGAAGGAAGUGGAAAUGUUAACGAAAGCGAAAGUGGGACUGGGAGCGGAAGCGGUUUAAGUGGUGGAGAGGGAAGUGGAAAUGUUAACGAAAGCGAAAGUGGGACUGGGAGCGGAAGCGGUUUAAGUAGUGGAGAGGGAAGUGGAAAUGUUAACGAAAGCGAAAGUGGGACUGGGAGCGGAAGCGGUUUGAGUAGUGGAGAGGGAAGUGGAAAUGUUAACGAAAGCGAAAGUGGGACUGGGAGCGGAAGCGGUUUAAGUAGUGGAGAGGGAAGUGGAAAUGUUAACGAAAGCGAAAGUGGGAUUGGGAGCGGAAGCGGUUUGAGUAGUAGAGAAGGAAGUGGAAAUGUUAACGAAAGCGGGGUUGGCAGUCAAAGUGGUAGUGGUGGUGGAAGCGGAGAUAACGAGGAUGGCGCUGAUGGAAGGUCCGCCGCUGAAGGAAGUGGAAGUGAACAGUUUAGCGGGUCUGGUGAGGUUAUUGUUGACGGUGGCAAAGUAAUUUUGGGUGGAGGUGUUGCGCGCCUACCUACAUCUGAGCCU